UUAUCCCGUCAUGGGGACCGGUCCCCCAUAGAGUCCUUCCCCCGGGACCCCCACGGGGAGGGGGUGUGGGCCCACGGCUUCGGACAGCUGACCGAGCUGGGCAUGAGGCAGCAGUUUGAGUUAGGUCAGUUUCUACGGCGACGAUAUGGACGCUUUCUGAAGGACGACUUAGACCCCAGAGAGGUGUAUGCGCGGAGCACCGACUACGACCGCACGCUGAUGAGCGCGCAGGCGUGUCUCGCUGGCAUGUUCCCUCCAAGCCGACGCCCCCCUCCCAUCAACCCCCAGUUACCGUGGAGACCCGCACCCGUCCAUACCGUCCCCCGAAACCACGACAAGCUGCUGAAGGCUCCCGGUCCAGACUGCCCUCGCUUCAAACAGCUGAUGACCGCCACCAUGGAGAGCCUGCCCUACCGCAACUUCCUAUCAGCGAACCAGGCGUUUGUACAGCGGCUUUCAAACCUGACAGGAUACUCAACCUCAAGCCUUGCGGGAAAAAAGCUCUGGAGACUCUAUGACACACUCACCUGUCAGAGGAUCCAUAACCUGGCCCCGCCCCUCUGGGCCACGGAGGAGCUGCUGGAGGCCCUGAGGGAGAUGACCUCGUCCCAGCUCACCUUUACCCUGUUCAGCGGCCAGCGCCUGGAGAAGGCCCGCCUCUCUGGAGGGAUUCUGCUCAACGCCAUCCUCAAGAACUUCUCCAGAGCCGUGGAGCAAGGCAGCGCGCUCAGGCUCAUCCUGUACUCGGCUCAUGACUCCACUCUGCUGACCCUUCAGGCUGCACUGGAUAUCUACAACGGCCUUCUGCCCCCCUACGCCUCCUGCCAGCUGUUUGAGUUCUACCAGGAGUUUGAUGGGUCCUUCUCCCUGGAGUUGUACUACCGGAACGAGUCGGGGCGCGCCCCCUUCCCCACCCUGCUGCCGGGCUGCGGCGGGCUCACGGCGUGCCCUUUGACCCUGGUCCGGGCGCUGGUCCAGGAGGUGCUGGUGGACGACGUCGACGGCGAGUGUGGAGUCAAGCCUCGCUGGGCCAGCGCUGGCAUGUCGACGGCACUUGCAGUGGCGGUGGGCGUCCUGGCGGUGGCGCUGUUUGUCAGCAUCGGGCUGGCCGUCUACCGAAGACCUGAACGCUCCUGAGUGUGUGUGUGAGAGAGUGUGUGUGUACGAGUGCGUGUGUACGAGUGCGUG